CUAAAAUUAUCCUAGACUUGCCCCAAUACCGGAGCCAGAAUCUCUUUAUUCUGACUACAUUUCACAACUUAUCCAUCGACGGGAAAGGUCUGACAAGGGAAAAAAAGGCUCAGGUGUUUCGCCUCUACGCCAUCAAUUAUAUCGGAAGCUUCAAUUCAUAAUUAGACCCUAAGUUCGAUCAAUUCCUAAGAAAAUGCCUGCCACAACUACCCUCUUCCGCGCCGCCCGGCCGAUAUUUCAACAGUCCGCAUCCCGCACCGUCUUCCGCUCCAGCUUCCCCAAGACCGGUCGCCGCUUCGCCAGCACAGCAGCAAAUGGCGAGACUGCUUCUCAGAGCUGGUUUAAGCGCAUGUGGGAUAGUCCCGUCGGGUUAAAGACCGUCCACUUCUGGGCACCCGUGAUGAAAUGGGCUCUCGUCCUCGCCGGCGUCUCUGACUUCACCCGACCCGCGGAGAAGCUGUCCCUAACUCAAAACGGCGCGUUGACUGCCACCGGCCUCAUCUGGACCCGCUGGUGCUUCGUCAUCACUCCCCAAAACUAUCUUCUCGCCGCCGUCAACUUCUUCCUCGGCUGCGUCGGCAUCACCCAGUGCACCCGUAUCUUCAUCUAUCGCGCCUCUCAAAAGAACCUGCCUGCGGCUGCCGAGUCAGAGGUUAAGGAAGUUGUCAAGUCAUAAGCAGUAGAAUUAAGACGAGAGGCGAUGAUGUGUGAUGUUGACGCGAAACGACGAAAGAGCAUUUUGAAUUGAUGGUUGCAUACAGAAGUGCAGGGACUGUCCCGUAAAUUCGGAGUCGAACCCGCGUUCAAGCAUUUCAUAAAUAUAUAUAUAGACUACGGGUUACAAAAACAGCUUUACCUCAAAACGAGAGGAGCAUAGACGAUGGUACGGAUGGGAGUUCCCUCGUUUACUCUCCCGGCUUGGUAAAUUUGGAGAUAGGGGGUUGGUUUGUACCAUCACAUGACCAUCCGAUACAUUGGUUGAGUUCAACAUGGAAAUCAUAUUUUAUUCGAAGUACUGACUUGUUUGGAUAGCCGUCUUGAUUCUAAUAUGUAUUGCACAAUCACUUCGCUGAAAGUAUUUGGUGAGAUUGGAUAAAAGUAUAUAUUUAA